UGGAGAUCUACAAGAUCCCUCCCGACCCCACGUCUAGGAUUCCCCGAUUCUAUGAAAAACGUUUAAAACGAGCGAAAAGGUGUUUCCUUUCAUGCAGCCUGUAGUUAAAGUGUGGACCUCGUUGCCCCUAGUUACGGGGGGAGCUGACGGCUUGGGCACGUUCCUGGAGGAAAGGGGCAUCGGCUGCUGUUGAUGGAGGGGCGCGGCCUCCGGAUCGGACCUUCCCUAGGCCUUAAAUGCCGGAGGGCGCAAGCGAGAGAGGGCUAGAUGGGUGGAAAACGCUGCUCAGACCCUCCCGCCUCUGCUCGGCAAGGCGGGUGUACGGUCUGGCCCAGCACAUGGCAGGUCUUAUCGCCCCGGCGCCCUCUUCUGCGCUCCCGUCCCUUGUACAGAGCAGUGCCCGCGUGACGGCGUUGUUCUCGGGUGCUGCAGCAGCUUCGCCCUAGGUUUUGCGCGGCGUGCAGACCCUGACGAGCGUCUGGACGCAGCUGUCAGCAAACACACCGGGACGGGAGACGCUGGAUGCCGCUCCUCGUCAAACGUUGCUAAUUUGUUGGGAUGUGUCCGCCUCUCAAAAGCCGACUAGUUGCCGCUGUUUUUUGCCUUGAAGCGGGACUGAUGUCACAAAAGUGGGGCCGAGGCGUCCAAAGCAGCGAGGGGUUAACAGGGUUGGCUUUUGCAUGUGAUUUUUUUUUUUUGCAGGGUCUGAAUUAUAAUGCUUUUAGGAGUUUAAAUAGCUGUCCUCUGACCUGGCUUCAAAUGCUGUCAGGGUUGAGAAGAUAAAGGAAGUCGACAUGGAUGUCUUGAUUGCAGGAUGCAUGUAAACAAGAUGAAUUUAACUGGGAAAAGGAGGCGGAAUGGAAAUGAAGAAGAUGGCCACAUCCCACAGACUAAGCGUAGUACCAGAAACGCAGUCCUUCAGGACUCCUGGGAUACAGAGAAGGUGCCUGUAACGAAAAACAGUAAAGAAACCAGACUAAAAGGAAACAAAGUGUCCUGUGCGUCCUCCAGCAGCGAUAGCGGCAGCAGCAGCAGCUGUAGUAGCAGUAGCAUCCACAGCCCUGACAGAGCAAGCGGUCCAGAAAGCAGCUUAAACCAGAUCAUUGCAGGAUCCAGCCCUGGCACCUCUCAGUCCCUUCAGGAGCAGUCUGCACUAAGUCAAGGUCCUUACUUCCACAUCAACCAGAUCCUGAAGGAGGCACACUUUCAUAGCUUACAGAGCCGGGGGCGCCCUCCGACAUGAUGAAGCAGCAGUUCCUUGCCUUCUGUGAAGGGACAGCACUGUGUAGAUUUGAUAUUUCAACUUCAAGUUUGUUAAAAUGGAAUUGCACAAAACGCCUGUUGCCUUUUCAGUCUAUAUUUGAAAUAACAGGUUAACAGGAAAUUGUUUACUUGUGGUUUGCUGCACUAUUGCAAUGCAAAAGGGGCUUUGAAGCAAUUUUUAUAGGAUUCUUUUUGGGGUGGGUACAAAUGACAUGUCGAGCUGAGUCUGAGGAAUCCAGAUCUGUAUUAUAGGAGUGCAUAACGGUCCAAUUCCAAUUGACUGCCUAAUCUGUUUGUUAGCAACUUGUUGCUUUAUGUAAAAGUUCUUACAAAACAUUCAUCUUCAGUUUUAUAAGUCUCUCUUCUGUUUGUUUUUUUGGUUUGUUUUUUUUUUAAUUUCAAUAAACUAGUAAAUAAGUUUC